CGGAUGAUGUCAUAUUUUAUUCGUAUUUGCGGUUAAACUCCUAUGAAUUAAUACAGAUAAACAAGGGUGUUUCUCUUUCAUUAUUGGAUUUUUUGCUCUGAGUUGUCAUUAAGGAUACAUAGUGUACCUGUAUAGCGUAUCGGUCUAUUGAUGUAAAUUACAGAACACAAGACGUUAUAAAGUGCAUAUGAGGAUAUUGUGAUAUUGAAACAUUGGAUAAUUAACACUGUAUUAUAACAGUAUUCUACGGAGGAAAUUUGAUAGAACUACCUUCAUUUAGGAUUAUUACUACUGCUUUGAAUCUUGGAUUUUAAAAGCAAGAUGGGUUAGACAGUGAAGAAUUUCCCAAGAACUCAAUUUAACAUGGACGGCAAUGUUACUUAGUAAAUUAUUAUACAAAGGAAAGAAAAGAAGAAUGAAACGCUUUAUGCAGUUGGGGUUUAUACUAGUCGUCCUUCCAGUAUUAGUUCUGUCACAAGCAGGUUCAAGAUUAGACGUGUGUGAAGAAUACAGUGAAGAUGGUACCACUGUGACUUAUUUUGCCUGUCAGGCUGGCCCUCGAAAUGUGAUAAAGUCACAGAAAGCAAAUGGACGAGAUGCAUCAUACUUUAACAUGACUGUUGAGCCAGGGGAUAUGACAUGUGGCCUGUCAGGGGGAGAAACAAUAUGCUGGAUGGACUCUGACAAUCCCUCCAAAGAUCCAGAUAAAAAAGUGACGCCAAGUUGUCAUAUAUGUGAUGCCAGAGAUGAAUCACUAAGCCAUCCUCCGUCACUCAUGACUGAUAUUACUGGAGGGAGGGAAACCUAUUGGCAGAGUAGAGCAUGGUUCAGCCAAAACAGCAAAUAUAAUUAUCCCAAUAACCUCCAUGUGAACAUCACCCUUAGCUUCAAUAAACAGUACGAGUUUGCCGAUGAUAUGAAUAUUGUGUUUGCAACUGGCAGACCCCACUCUAUGGUGCUGUAUAAAUCAAUUGAUUACGGCGCCACCUGGAUCCCACUACAAUAUUAUAACCAGGAUUGUCAGGAACUCUAUGACGCAGGUAUCUCCCAACCCAGUGACAUCACCACUGAACAACCAGACAUCGUGACAUGCACAGAGGUUUAUAGUGGCUCUGUACCUCUCUCAGGAGGCACAGUGAAGUUCCCUGUUAGAACAGAGAGGCAAAGACUAUACCUCGGCCCUGCCUAUACUAACUAUGAGGUUUUGAAUACGGCUAUGCAUGAAACAAACCUCUCUCAGUUCCUCACUUUCACAGAUCUGCGUUUGAGUCUCCUUUAUCCAGCAACAGAUGGUUCAGAGUAUAACGAGGACUCUAACCAACUCAGAAAAUUUUCUUAUGGUAUCGCAGAUAUUGACCUGACUGCCACGUGCUUCUGUAAUCUUCAUGCUAUUCAAUGCAUGGAAGAUGAGGUGGGGCAGCAUAUAUGUUUGUGUAGUCACAACACAAUGGGCCGGGAAUGUGAGCAAUGUUUGCCACUGUAUAACAACAGAACAUGGAUGCCGGGACAUUAUGUGCCCUGGCCUUUAGGCACAGCUAAUGAAUGUGAAAAAUGUGAAUGCAACAACCAUUCUGCAAGCUGUGUCUAUAAUGCUACCAAGGGCUAUGGAGUUUGUGAGAAUUGCACACAUAGUACUGGAGGAGAUUUCUGUGAGCUGUGCAUGACUGGAUUCUACCAUAAUCUCAGUCUUCCAGACAGUCAUCCAGAUACAUGCAUUAAUUGUGAUUGUCAACCACUGGGAGUAUUAGACAACAACAUAGACUGUACUCAAGAAGGUGUUUGCACAUGUAAGCCUUUAGUAGAGGGGCGCAUAUGUGACACUUGCAUUAACGAGUACUAUGGCUUGCUCUUGCAGGAACAUCCUGGUGAAUGCCAAGCAUGCACAUGUAACCUAGAUGGUACAGAAGUGUCCAGUAAUAUUUGUGAGAAGCAGACGGGUCAGUGUCCAUGUAAGACCAGUACUACAAACAGGACGUGUAAUGUUUGCAAAGAUGGCUACUAUGACUUCCCCGCUGGAAGGAGGAAUGAGGAAUGCAAGGAGUGUCUAUGUGACUGGGGAGCUUCCUACAACCAGUCAUGUGACAAAGAAACAGGGAAUUGCCCUUGCAAACCUUUCACUCAGUCAAACAGGUGUGAUGUCAUACAAGAUGGCUACUACUAUGAGUAUAUCGACACAAAUGUAUAUAUGCCGACAACGGGGACAUGUACAUUGAGUGCAAUGCUUCAAAGUGAUGGGAAUCCAUUUACAGGGCGAUCAUUUAUGAUUUGCUCACAAGAUGGCACCACCAUCUUUGAGUAUGUAAAUGGCGACAUUGCACAGAUGCAAAUGGAAUGGUCCUAUUACCCAGUUAUCAGAUUUACUCUGGGCAACUCAAACACAAGUUCUGUGACGUGGACAGGUGGUCGUUUAAUUGCGAAGGUGUUGGGAAACAGUGAUCCUGAUGUCUCAGCAAUCAACCCGAAUCUCAGCCCCAUCUGCCAACGGGCCCAGGGAGAGGUGAAAAGCUGGGAUGUUAAUCUCACUGAUGCCAUAAAUGACCUACCAACAGGACCUGCUGCACGAAGAAUACUUAAAGCAGGCUAUCCCAUAGAGCCAACGACUACUACUCUCUCAGACUCUUCAAGGCGUGUCUUCAUUCUCGAGGAUGCUGUUAUUUUAUAUUCUGGGAUGGCUGUGUCAUUCACAAUGUAUGCAGUCAAUACUAACCCUAUCAGGUUGAUGAUAUGGCGGCCAGUGGUAUACAGGGAGACAUAUCAGCUUGUAGGAGAAGUCUGGUACACACCAACCAGAGUUGGAGAGCAAGAGAUAAACUUAGAUGCAAACUCCACUAUAACAGUAGCCAAGGGAGAUCUUGUAGGUUUCCUUAAGAUGACUACAGUGUCACCACUAGGGUAUGUCUUCAAAAAUGUUGACCAUCAAAUGAACUACAUCACCCUUAGGGAUGAAUCAGAUUUUCCACAAGUUGGAGACAUAAGGUCAACUACCAUUCAGGGAUUCCCAUACAGAUUUGCCCUGAGAGUCAACUACUUGACAGGUUUUGGUGAGGCGUGGUUCAGCAAUGACAGUGUAGCAUUAGAUGCUAGGUGUAAAUACAGCUUUACACUCAGUGUGGGGACAUCCAGUGACUCUACCAGCUCCAUAUUAAUUGAUGCCAUCCUUCUCCUACCUGACAUUGCCCCAUUUACCAUCUACCAGCAAAACCCUAACCAACAGAGUGCAAUGUUUGAUUGCUUGACAGCCAUUUCCCCAUUAAACAAUAGACCUGAGACAAUAGCAAAAGAGGAGUGCCGUGCACUCAUGUACUCAGUCUCAACUGAACUACACAAUGGAGGCAUAGCAUGUAAUUGUGACCCUGUAGGAAGCAUUGCCAAUGCUACAUGUGAGAAUUAUGGGGGUCAAUGUAAGUGUAAACCAGGUGUAUUUGGACGUGCUUGUGACCAAUGUUUGCCCGGAUACUACAACUUUACAGAAGCGGGAUGUGAAUUUUGUCCAACACUGGUUUGUGAAGGAGACCCGUUGUUUGAUAGUUACUAUGGUAUCCAUGACGAUAACAUUUCGCUGAUUCCCAUCAUUUUGAUUGGUGUAUUUGGACUAUUGUUGGUCAUAACAGUUGGCCUGAUUAUAAUAUUAGUCUGUAAAAGACGUGCUAUGCAAACUAAAAAGGGACUAAAUACAGGAAAAGAUAACAUCAGUUAUGUUGACAUUGAUAUUAAAGAUCCUAAAGGGAUUCAUGCAUAUAAUGUCUUCACAAAUGAUAACCAUGAUGAUCAAAUCAAUGUCAAACCAGUCAUUGAAGAUGGUCAGACACCAUCUAAUACAAAAAAUUCAUUCAUAAAUGAAGCUUUCGAAGAUCAACCUUUGAACCUCGAGCUCCAGAAAGCUGAACCAGAGCAGCCUAAGUCAAGUGCAGAAAUAAAUAAUGCUCUUUUGAAAAUCCUCAAUGACAUUGAUGAUAUCGAUCCUGACAAGGUUAACGCUGAUAAUGAUAUCACUGAGGAGGCUAUAAGUGAUUCAGAUGAAGCUAAUCUCAUCGAGGCUGAGGUGCCCAAUGUUAAUGUUAAACCGACUGAUGAUGUUAAUCCUGAUGUGUUUGUUAUAUCAGGGAGUAAAGAUCCCCUCAGUAAUGUCUUGGAUGAAAUUGACCAUCAAUCAUUUAACUACGCUGAUUUUGGAAGCUUUGAUGAGGUCAAUGGUUCCUUGGUAUAAGCAAGUGAAUUUUUGGAAACAAUUAUAUAUGAUAACAAAGAUUUUAUUGAAAUUACGAUUAAUGGUUUCUUGGUGUUUUGUGUGUAAGAAUAAUUCAAGAAAACAAUUUUAUUUAGAACAUAACUUAACAUUUACUUAAUAGUAUGUGGAUUUUGGUAAUUACAGUUAUUAUUACUUAAACAUUAUGUGAUAAUUUAAGGAAACAUUUUACUAUAAUUUUACAAAUCACUCCUCCCAGUUUGCAAGCUGAAUAAUUAGUGAAUUCUGCAAAACUUUUAAGAAAAUAUGUAAAUUAUGUGAAAAUUGAUCAAAAUUAGAUAUUCUGCCAAUCCUCUGGCCCAAGCAAUUAUCAAUCCACACUCUGCAGAAAUGGAAAACUUGGAGGAGUGUAAAAUGUUAGUAUAAUAUUAGUCGCUAUAUAUACUCUGUAAUAUUAAAGGUAAUACUCGUAUUUAAAGGAAUAAGGCUCAAUUGUUAUUUUUGAAUAUUUUAUAUAUAUUUUAAAGGUGAAAGAAAGGUCAGUGGUCUAUAUUUAUUGUAUAUUUUUAUUAUAUAUAUAUCCAUUUUACUGCUUAUAAAGCAAUUUUGUGUACAUUUUUAUGAUUCUUAGUAUGUUAUAUCAUGGGAAAUAUUAAUUGUUUGAAAAACUCAAUUGGUUUUAAAAAAUCUCCAAUUGUAUUCGUUAAAUUUUUAAAAUUUUAUGUCUGUCUCGGGGUAGAGGUUAUGUUUCCAUGUAAAGUUAGUGAAAUAAACUAUUUCAAAACAUGCAAACGAA